AUGGGUGAUCCUUUCAGAUUCUUGGAAGUUGAUUAUUUUGAAAAAAAAACACAUUUUCUCUCUGCUGCUGCACUUUUCAUCUUCCCCCUCUGGGAGACUCUUUUCAGUGGUGGGGAUCCGCCCACAGGAGAAGCCAAGCCUGUAGCCUCCUGUCCUCCCACCACCAUUUCUGCUGUCCACAAGCUGUUGCAGUUCACGCUAUUACUCUCCUUGCUCCUGCCAUGGCCCAUCUACCACUGCUGUUUGCCUGAAGGUCUGAGAGCUGUUUGGAAGCACCUUCUUUUUCCUGCCAGAAGGGACAAGGGAUCACAAAAGAGUCACUGCACAUUACCAAGGAGCACAAAAUUAAUCUGCACAGUGCCUAGGAGCACAAGGUCAAUGAGACCAACCAAUCCUGAUGGGAUUGAUGAGAUUCUGCACCAAGACUGGGGACUUGAACUUAUUUUGGGGUCCAAGGAAGCAGCUGUUUUACAAUGUCAGACACAGGAUUUCCCUGUGCCAGAUCCAGACUUCUACCAAGUGCCUCAGUUUGGCUUCCUUUUUGGCUCCCCUAUCCCUGAGAGCAAAGGUAAAAUCAGACCAGUGAAUGAUAUUUCCUUUUUGUUUCAAAAAUCUAGUCCGUCUUCUCUCUCUCUCAUAGUGUGGCAAUUUUCUGUAGUCCUGGCUGCUGAUUGGGUAAGUGCAUAAUUGCUACUACAGGCUUGAGGGAGAUAAAUCAUUUUAAUUGGGCCCUGAUUCUACAACCUGUUAUAGGUUUAUUUUUCCUUACUUAGAAUUUUUACACAUGAGACUUUGAAAUUUUAUGUUUCUUCUAGAAGUUACUUUUUCUCUUUUAUUUUCUUUUUUUAUGCUUUUAGGUUUUUUUUUCUUUUUGACAAUUGAUUCAUAUGCCUCAUAACUCAGCCAUGUAUCCCUGGGUGAUCCACGUUUGGUCGAAAUCCUCCUCAGGGGGGAUUGUAUUAUCUAUAAUGCAAAGUUUAAAUUCUUUUGAGAGUAAUUUUAGGAUAAGGAACUUGCUACCUCCUCGAAUCAAGAAAGUGAACUGUUUGGAGGAGGCGCCAUGAAGAUACCUGAAGAAACCACACACUGCACGAAAAGAUCCAUAAAGAACUUGGGAUUUAGUGAAAUUAAAUGGUUGGGGGUUGAAUGCAUUUAUUUGAAUGUAUACUCUUAUGCCAAAGGGGAUUGCUCUCUUAUUGGCUUUUUGUCAAUGUACCUAACAUUGGUUUUGUUUUCUCUUAUUUCCCUCUUAUCCCCAAAUUAUUGUAAUUUCCCCUUAGAAAAUGUAAUAUUGUAUGUACCUCUAGUUAAAGAUCUUUAGAGAUAUAAGUUGUUUAUAUGUAUUGAUUCACUCAGGAAAGUAGGCAUAUAAAUGUGGGAGAUUUUCAUUUGUUCAUUUCCCAAUGGAAUCACAGUAGGGAUGGUGUAAUUAGGAUUUGUACCCCAGUACUCUUUCUCCCAACAUCCCACUUUUGUUCUUGUAUUAAGUCCUUACGUUCUGGAGAUAAAGUUUUGUGUCAUCCUGCCCCACUCUCUUUUCUCCCAGAAACAUGGCUGUGGAGGUUGUGAGAGUGAGGAUUUUACCCAUGUGUUCUUUACUUAGGCUUUAUAAUUUUGUUUCUUUUAUUUCUUCUACUUCAAGUUAUUAUGAAUAAAUCUCAUAAAAUAUUA